GCAGGGAGCUGAGUCUCCAGAUCCGAGGAGGCUGGGACGCGUCUCCGAUACACAGGCGUGGCUGUUAUGGAACACGGCAGCAGCGUGCAGGGUCAAAGACAACCGGACCCCCAUGUCAGUGGUCUAGGAUGGCCAGUGAAGGCACCAACAUCCCAAGUCCUGUGGUACGUCAGAUUGACAAGCAGUUUCUGAUCUGCAGUAUAUGCCUGGAACGGUACAAGAAUCCCAAGGUUCUCCCCUGCCUGCACACUUUUUGCGAGAGGUGCCUGCAGAACUACAUUCCCGCCCACAGCUUAACCCUCUCCUGCCCUGUGUGCCGCCAGACCUCCAUCCUGCCCGAGAAAGGGGUGGCUGCGCUCCAGAACAACUUCUUCAUCACAAACCUGAUGGACGUGCUGCAGCGAACGCCAGGCAGCAACGCUGAGGACUCUUCCAUCUUGGAGACGGUCACUGCUGUGGCUGCAGGAAAGCCUCUCUCCUGCCCAAACCACGAUGGGAAUGUGAUGGAAUUUUACUGCCAGGCCUGUGAGACCGCCAUGUGUCGUGAGUGCACCGAGGGGGAGCACGCGGAACACCCCACCGUUCCGCUCAAGGACGUGGUGGAGCAGCACAAGGCCUCACUCCAGGUCCAGCUGGAUGCUGUCAACAAAAGGCUCCCAGAAAUUGAUUCAGCUCUUCAGUUCAUCUCGGAAAUCAUUCAUCAGCUAACCAACCAAAAGGCCAGCAUUGUGGAUGAUAUUCAUUCCACUUUUGAUGAGCUCCAGAAGACAUUAAACGUGCGAAAGAGUGUGCUGCUUAUGGAACUGGAGGUCAACUAUGGCCUCAAACAUAAAGUCCUUCAGUCGCAGCUGGAUACUCUGCUCGAGGGGCAGGAGAGUAUUAAGAGCUGCAGCAACUUCACGGCUCAGGCCCUAAAUCAUGGCACCGAGACCGAGGUGCUGCUGGUCAAGAAGCAGAUGAGCGAGAAGCUGAACGAACUUGCUGACCAGGAUUUCCCGUUGCACCCUCGGGAAAACGAUCAGCUGGACUUCAUCGUGGAAACCGAGGGGCUGAAGAAGUCCAUCCACAACCUCGGGACGAUUUUAACUACCAACGCUGUUGCCUCUGAGACGGUGGCCACAGGCGAGGGGCUGCGGCAGACCAUCAUCGGGCAGCCCAUGUCCGUCACCAUAACAACCAAGGACAAAGACGGGGAGCUCUGCAAGACCGGCAACGCCUACAUCACCGCGGAACUGAGCACCCCCGAUGGGAGCGUGGCAGACGGAGAGAUACUAGACAACAAGAACGGCACCUAUGAAUUUCUGUAUACUGUCCAGAAGGAAGGGGACUUCACCCUCUCUCUGAGACUCUAUGACCAGCACAUCCGAGGCAGCCCCUUUAAACUGAAAGUGAUCCGCUCGGCUGAUGUGUCUCCCACCACUGAAGGUGUGAAGAGGCGCGUGAAGUCCCCGGGGAGCGGCCAUGUAAAGCAAAAGGCUGUGAAGAGACCCGCCAGUAUGUACAGCACUGGGAAACGAAAAGAGAAUCCCAUCGAAGACGAUCUGAUCUUUCGAGUGGGUACCAAAGGAAGAAAUAAAGGAGAAUUUACGAAUCUUCAGGGGGUAGCUGCAUCUGCAAGUGGAAAGAUAUUAAUUGCAGACAGUAACAACCAAUGUGUGCAGAUAUUUUCCAAUGAUGGCCAGUUCAAAAGUCGUUUUGGCAUACGAGGACGCUCUCCUGGGCAGCUGCAGCGGCCCACAGGAGUAGCUGUGCAUCCCAGUGGGGACAUAAUCAUUGCAGACUACGAUAACAAAUGGGUCAGCAUUUUCUCUUCAGAUGGGAAGUUUAAGACAAAAAUUGGAUCAGGAAAAUUGAUGGGACCCAAAGGAGUUUCCGUGGACCGCAAUGGGCACAUCAUUGUGGUGGACAACAAAGCGUGCUGUGUGUUUAUCUUCCAGCCAAACGGGAAGAUAGUCACCAGGUUUGGUAGCCGAGGAAAUGGGGACAGGCAGUUUGCAGGUCCUCAUUUUGCAGCAGUAAAUAGCAAUAAUGAAAUUAUUGUUACAGAUUUCCAUAACCAUUCUGUCAAGGUAUUUAACCAGGAAGGAGAGUUCAUAUUGAAGUUUGGCUCAAAUGGAGAAGGAAAUGGGCAGUUUAAUGCUCCAACAGGUGUAGCGGUGGAUUCAAAUGGAAACAUCAUUGUGGCAGACUGGGGAAACAGCAGGAUCCAGGUUUUUGAUGGAAGCGGAUCCUUUUUGUCCUACAUUAACACAUCUGCUGACCCACUCUACGGCCCCCAGGGCCUGGCCCUAACUUCAGAUGGCCAUGUUGUGGUUGCAGACUCUGGAAAUCAUUGUUUCAAGGUCUAUCGAUACUUACAGUAACGGUGGGCAGCUAGGCACCCCCUUGCAAAGAUCUUGCACUAUAAACUGGAAUGGAUUUCUCAAUGUAGGACCAGGUUAUGACUAGAUUUUUUGUGCUCGAAGGAAUCAUUGGUGAACUUGCCAAGGUUGUGUCUGAAUGUAACAAUUUCCUUAAGACUGCAUAUCUGAUUUCCAUAAUUCAUGUUUAGGGUUAAAAGACAAAACAAAAAAACUCUUCUACUGAAUCUAUAAAAACUGCAAAGUUUUACACCUGUGAACUAUGGCUUAUAGAACAGGGAUUUAUGUAGUUAAACUAAUUUUUCAAAUCAAACAAACAUUUUAAAAAACUAGAAUAUUUAAAGGUAUUUGUUAAUCCUGUGAAUGGUAGUUUUAGCUCAGAGUUUCCAAAAAAACAAAACAAGAACAAAAUCUGUUGUAGUUAUACACUUUAUUUAACCUAGGUCACAAGACCCGGGGAAUCUUCUAACCUCACUUUCACAGUAGGUAUUACUCUCGUGACUUUUUUUUGGCCAUUGGUAACUAUAUAUAAAUUACUUUAAGAAAAAAAUAAGGCUGUCUUGCAAAAUUCUCCCAACUCUGAUUGGCAGGCCUUGCGUUUAGCACCUGAGAAUCAAUGCAAACUUCCCAGCUUUUCUGGGUUAGAUCAAAGAUCCUUUUUGUGCAUUCUUUUCUUCUCUUUUGUGCUCACCUUGCAUCAGAAAACAAAGUACAUUUUCAGGGAGAGCUGAAAUUCCUAAUGCUUUGAAAAGUUAUUAGAAGAGUCAUGCUACCUUCUGGUAAACAAACGGCCCCAUGAACUCCAGGUUAACGCACUGGAAUGUAAUCAAGAAAAGGUUAGUCACGUUGUAGGUGCCGUGUUCUCACGUGUCUCUCCUUUUCCACUUCGUGAAAGCGAAAGCUUUACCUUCUGCAAAAUUUCAGAACAUGUAGUAGGACACCAGUGUCCUAGGACAGAGAGCCAUAAGUAGCGCUUUGGAGGACUGAUGGUGUCAACCAAAGGCAUGUGAGUGAUUAAUGGCUUCCCGUUAGAAAGCAAAUGUUACCAAAGUUGUGUUUUCUCAAAAGCAUUACAGGUAAGGGCAUGUUAAUGGUUAUUGAUCAUUGUCUAAUGAGUAGUAGAGGUGUUACGGGACUAUGUAUACAUGAUUAGGGUAAGGUAGAAUGUAUCAUAUAUAUAAAUAAAUAUAUAGCUGAAUCUUUGGUGUAUUGAAAUAGGCAGCACUCUGAAAGACAGACAGAUGUUGUCCAGCCCCUCCAGCACAUUCCUUGACGGUGCGUUGUCAAGCCGUCCUAGCAAAGCCAGCCCUAAAGCAGAUUCGUUCUUGCCAUUUUCCAGCAAUGGUGGUGGUGGCUGACUUAGUCAGAAAAAGACCUGUGCUUUUAAAAAAAAAAGAUGUCAAAAGAAAAUGAAAGUUCAACUUAAGUUAUGUUUAAUUUAAAAUUUAAUUUGAAGUAAGUCUGAAUGCAUUUUGAGAAUAGUCAAUAGUUAAUGUGUCAUUUAUACUGUAAAUUAAGAUGCAGUCUACUUCCAGUGUUCAAUUUUCUACUCAGUUCUACCAAAUAGGAUGUCAUGUUUGGCAUUCUUGAUAAUAUGACUUUGGGAUCUUUUUCACUGAAAGCACCUUAGAACUGUACUACAAGAAAACAUUUCCCAUUUGUAUAAUUAUAUGAAUGUGAUGUUUAUUAUUUAUUAAUUUAUAAUUCAGUCAUUCUGUUACUGUAAAAUUUUUAAAUUUUUAAAAGGAAAAUCUAGCUACUUCCAAUUGUUUAUUAAAUCUACUAUGCCCAAAUCAACCUCUGAAAAAAAAUUUUUUUCAGGAAGAUUUACUUUUAGGUUUAGUAUUUUUUUUGGUGAGAGUUUGAAAAAUAUUUGAGCCUAUGAUAAAGUUCUAAAAUUCAAUAGCAUUUUUAGAAUGUUAAACUAAGACACUGUUUCCAAACAUCAGUGAAAUGAGCCUAUGAAUUCAAACAUUCCUAUUUCCUGAGUGCUGACUAGGUGCCAGGCACUGUUCUAGGCACUGGGGAUAUAGUGACGGAUACAACAGACAAAAAUUCCUGCCCUCUUGGAGCCUACAUUCUGGGGAGGACAUUUCGUUUUGCCUUUUCCUAACAUUCUGCAUAGAGCAUAGGCUAGACUCUUGAUGGUUCUUACACUGUUUAGGAGAAAACUUGUAAAAUUGGUUAAAUUAAUUUUAGUUUAUUUUAACAAGUAAAAAUGGCUUCCUAUUUACAUUCUAAGGAGCCCUGGUGGCGCAGCAGUCAGAGGUUCAAACCCACCAGCCACUCUGCAGGAGAAAGAUGUGGCAGUCUACUUCCGUAAAGAUUACAGCCUUGGAAACCCUGUGGGGCAGUUCUCCUCUGUCCUGUAGAGCCAGUAUGAGUCAGAAGAGACUUGACAGCAGUGGGUUUGGGAUUUAGAUUCUGUCACAGGGUAUUGAUCUUAAGACUAGUUUAUUUACAUUUUUUUGCACAACAUUUAAAUUGUAUUUGUGAACUUAGAAGUGAACUUAUAAACUAACCAGCCAUCAUUAUCAUAUCAGGCUGGACAUCUCAAUAGUAGAUCAGAUACAAAAUUAAUUUUUUACAUGUCAAUAUUGGGACAAACUGGAAUGAAAGAAUACUUUGAUUCAGACCUGUUGCACCAUCUGUUGCUAAUACACAUGCUUAUGGACACUCCAGCAAACACAAUAUUUUUCUCCAAAAAAAAAUUUUAAUCAUACAUGUUGAAGUAUAGAUUAACAUUUCAUACUUGGAUACAUAUUUGCAUUUAUUCUAUUUCUUGUUAAGGAUAUUUUAGGGGGAAACGUGCUGCUGAUAAGAUACAAAGAGACAAGAUUGAAAUGAAAUUUUGUCACAUCCUAUUGAAAAUGGUUUCUGGUAAACUGAGAAGGAUAUUAAAAGGAGUAGCUUUUUUCUGGGCUACCAUUAUUGUUAGAUUCCUCUUUGUCAAAUGUACAGAACCUGUUACACAUUCAUGAUAAGUAGCACUGAAAUAUUUCUCAUUCAGAUUUCCCCCUGGGCACUUACGGCAAAAUACUGCCAGUUAGAAUUUAAAGGUCAGUGACGAUGACUUUCCUCCCAAUACAGAGCUCCCCUGCUGGACAUGGGGACAUGGGCCAUAGGGAGUCACUUGACUGACCAUCCAGAAACGCAUGAAUAAUAAUCCUUUAUGUAGUGUUUGUUUUUCGUUUUUUUUUUUUAAGUAGUACUUGGCAUUUUAAUCAAACUUUAGUCUCCAGUAACUAUACAAACCCCGAAGUUUCCUUAUUUUAAUUUACUCUUCGAUUAACCAAGAUUUGAGGCAAACAAGUACUGCAGAUCCAUGCAACUAGAACACACUUGCUUCUGCUAGUAAGUAUACAGGGUAUGUCUUAACUCAGAGUUAACUGGAAUAGCAGUAUAAUAGCAAGUAUCCGUGGAUCCUUAACAUUCAAGGGUUAACAUAAAUGCUUCUGGUAAUACCUACUGAGUUAAUUGGAAGAAAUAUCAAAUAAACAUCAGGUAAUCUGCAGAUUACUUCAAAUGGGAAAAAUCUUUUUGUACGUUUGGACUCUGUAGUAUCCUUUCUAUUUGCCAGCUUCUGCAAAGAGAGAAGUAUUUUAGUUUAAUAAUUUAAAAAGAAGACACUUCCAGGUUGGGUAAAAUUGCAGCUAUUUGAUGCAAACAUUAUCUAAUUUUGCUUAAAAAUGAAAGUUGUAAUACUGUUGCAUUCUGUAAAUGUUGCAGGGUUUUAAACUUUACAAUUAUUUUAAUAUUUUUGAUAACUAAGAAUCUAGUAUUGCCAUAAAGGAAACUAAGUGCCCAUUAAAGAUCUGUUUGUUACAAAGAAAUAAUUUUUUUGUUUUGUUUUAAAUGACAGUAAGCUACAAAUCAUGAUGUUAAUCUUAAAAACUUUCUGAAGAUGAACCGUGUGGCAGUGAUUGUGUGGUCUGUUUGUGGAGAAUGUAUGAAAGUUAUUAAUAUUUUAGUAUAGAUUAAUAAAUUGGCUAUGUUGUUCCAAUGAAUGUACAGCACUUCCAUUAACUUUUGAAAGCAACACAGCCUUAAUCUAAAUGCUUUUGCUUUAUGACACAGGAAUGUUCUGUCAUCCGCAGAGUGUAUUCUUGUAGUAGAAUCCUUUUAUCAUUCUCAAUUCUAUAGCCUUUCGCCCCUGUGUAUGAAGGCUUUUUGCUUCCCUUUUUUUUUUUAAAUUUUGUACAUUCCAUCUUUAUAGGUCUGUUUCAUACGUCUGUGUAUAGAACACUGUCUUGCGCUCUUUGACAUUGGUUCUGAUAUAUUCUUUUCAUUUGUUCUUUUAUGACUCAAAAUGCUGACUGUCUAUUUAAAGAAAAGAAUGAACUCUGUGCAUCAAAGUGUUUGUACGUUCGUAGCUACGUAUGUACCACAGUAUUUUGGAUGCUUUAGUCUACAAUAAAAUUUUAAAUUAAUUGUCUUGAAAGAUAGGAGAAACAAGAUUCAUAUGCUAUCGUUACCAUGCACAGAAUCGCAAAUCAUUAUAAUAAAGCUUGUUUUCUCCA